GCGUUUGUAUAUUUAUUUUUUUUUCAUUUGUCUGCCUUUACAGUCGGACAGAAUUGUAAAUUUGAGUCUUUAGCAGGAGCAGAUUGGAUUAGGUUGUGUAUGAUUUAUUCGCCUGGUUUGAUUUGGACAAGAGAAGUAACUUUUGAGAGCUGAGUUUCUGCUCACGAAUAAGUAGCUAAAUGCUAGCCGACUGAAGCUUGUCCUCCUGCAGUUUUGCCACAAUGGGGAAGCCACAAUCUGCCCAUUGACUCAUUAGUCCAAAAAGCUGAAGGCUUCGAUGCGCUGCUUGUUUCCUGCGCGUUGAUUCAAACGCCCGACAUGGAGGAAGUUGACAAAAUCUUGAUACACGCCCUAAAACAAGUCGGCACAGAGCUGAGUGAAGAGGUUGGUAGCCUCAAAGACUUCACCAGUGAGCUGAUAGUGGAGGCUGUGGUGAAAUGUAUCAGGGUGAUCGAUCCUGGCCUGGGUGGCGCGCUGCCAACCUCCCUCCCGCCUGGCAUGUCUGCCCGCUUCAGGGUCGGCACGAGCCUGGCACAGGCCUGCCAGGACAUUGGUUAUAAAGGCGAGAUAGGUUAUCAAACCUUCCUGUACAGCAGCGAAACGGAGAUUCGCUCCCUACUCAUGUUCCUUGUGGAGAAACUGCCCAGAGAAAAUGCUGAGGCCUCCGACCAGCCAACAGGAAAAUCAACUAUUCUUCAGAGAACUAUUGCUGCUGCUAUUAAAGCCCAGCUUGUUGCACCUUGGGUCCCUCCAAACUGCAGACUGCCACUGCAUGGUGAAACACAAAAUUUUGUGGCCUUGCACAGCUUCCAUGUGCGGCCCCUCAGUUUGCCUCAUUGUUUUAAAGAACCAAGGAAGAAAUCACUUGAAGAGAUCAGAGACUACCAGCGAGAUUUUCUUCCCCUUGUCACUGUUCAGCUCCCCCAUAAUACCUCUGUGGCGGCGUCCUUACUGGAGCAGCACACAUCUGAGCUCAGUGCGGCACAGGAAUGGGAAAAUGAGUGGAAUAGUCAGGGACUCCUGUCUCGUCUUACUCCGGAGGACUACAAGGCCCGAAAACUGACUCGGCUACAUAAACGUAUUGAGGAGCAGUUGCGUUCUGCUGCUCUUCCCCCAAUGGAAAGUGCCUUUGGUGGUCUUGGCGCCACCUCUGAUUUGUCUGACAUACUGCAAUCCUUCAGGGGGUCUGCUUCUUCUGGUCAAAACCUACCAAAGGGCUCUCACUUUACCCACUCCCAGAAGUUCACUUUUGCACAGGAAGUAGAAGCAGCGCCAUCCCCUGGGUGGCAGACAGCUGGUGACAACCAUCAGAGUCAGCAGGAGGAGCUGGCAUCUUUGCAGCAACAAUUUCAGCAGCUUUGCAAUGAUGUGGACCAACUAACUAUGGAAGUAAAGCACCUGAGUGUCACUAAUGCUCAGAUGCUUGACGAGUACAAGCAACGAGAGCUACAGAACAUUGAGCAGGAGGAAAAGAUCCAGCUGAAGAAGAAAACCAUUGACCUAUUACCAGAUGCUGAAAACAACAUAGUAAAACUUCAGGCUCAGGUGGAGGCCAGUGCCAAACGCGUGUUGAACUUGGCCUCCCAGUGGGAGAAACACCGUGCGCCACUCAUCGACGAACACCGCAGACUUAAAGAAAUCUGCAGCAAUCAGGAUAUGGAAUCGUCCAAAAAGCUCUCAGAAAUAAAAGUUCUACAAGACAAAAUCCGUGUAUCAACAGACGAGGCCAAGAAGAAGGAGGAAAUAUACAAGCAGCUGUUAACAGAGUUGGAAAGGCUUCCCCAGGAUGUGUCUCGGGCAUCAUAUACACAGAGAAUUCUCGAGAUUGUGAACAAUAUCAAGAAACAGAAGGAAGAAAUCACCAAGAUUUUGUCCGACACUAAAGAACUACAAAAAGAGAUCAACAACCUCACGGGAAAACUGGACAGGACAUUUGCUGUGACAGAUGAGCUUGUUUUUAAGGACGCCAAAAAAGACGAGUCUGUCCGCAAAUCCUACAAGUUUCUGGCUGCACUACAUGAAAACUGCAGUCAAUUGAUCCAAACCAUUGAAGACAUUGGUACAAUUCUGAGAGAGAUACGAGAUCUUGAAGAGCAGAUUGACACAGAAACUAGUAACAAAACAGUGGCUAAUCUGGAAAGGAUUCUAGAAGACUACAAGGCCAUUCGACAAGAGAAUUCUGCACUUGCUGCCAAGGUCAAAGAGGGCUGACUCUGUACGUGACUGAAAUAGGUCUGAGACCAACGCCAUCGCUGUUCAUUAAUGCCGCCUCAUAUUGCCACUGGGAGCCGCUUUUGUGAAGAAGCUGAAAUAUUUGUACUACCGUGAGUGAACUAGAAUUUUUUUUUUUUUUUUUUUUUUUUUUCCAUAUGUAAGUAUGAAUCCCGAUACCUGAUUUUUGGUGUUAAACAUUUCUGUGGCUACACAUCCUAUGACUACAGAUAUGGACAAACUUGUCAGUUUACUUUGAUUAAAGAAUGUUGAUCACGGAAAUAAUUUAAACUGAGAAAAAUAAUAAUAGAUAAAAUAACACUGAAAAUGAAGUGAAUGAAGUUGGCACCGACAGUUAUGACCACGUUCGAGCUGCCAUUCCAUACCUAAAUUGAAAUCAGCAGCGAAUGGUGCUUCCAAACCUGCCUUCUUUGGUCAUGGGCCAUUGUCGUUAUUGUUUGAAAAAGUGUUUGUAUAGGUAUGUGUGUCCACGCGUGUGUGGGUGGUAUGUAUUAUUUCUGUUUUUCUUUAAUACAAUAACCAUCCUUGUAAUUUUCUGAAUUAACCAUAUAAGAACUAAAUGUUCAGUGAAUGGUAGUUGAAUGUGUCAUCCAGAUCAUUUAUUAAAAUAUUGUUUAUCAAAGUG